UAAUGUUAAAGAAAUUAAGUCACUUUGCACGUCUUGAUAAUCGAACCAUUCUUUCCAUUAAAGGAAGAGAUGCUUUUGAAAUUCUAUAGGGAAUAACCACAAAUGACAUUCGUUAAAUAUAGUAAUCUCAAAGUACAUUAUUCCUAAAUACAAAUGGGAGAAUAAUUUGUGAAGCCAUUUUGCAUAGACCACAAAUGUAAGAAAUCGUAUUAUUAGUCAAAAGAAUGACUAGUGGUAAUAUUGUAAUGAUGAAAUUUGGAUGGAUAUAGAUAUAGACAUUAAAAGCUCUUUAGUGAAUCAUAUCAAGAAAUUCUUGAUUAGAAAAAAAGUUUAAAUCACAGAUUAUGAAGAUCAAUUACAUAUCUUCUAAGUUUAUGUAAUCUAUCUAUACUUAAAUUUAAGGGACAAGAAGUCAAAUUAAAUAAUUAGGAAGGUGAACCUAUUAUAGAUCCUAAUAAUGAUUUAUCUGAAGAAGGGGAUUAUAGAAACAUAGUUGCUGUGGAUCCAAGAUCUUCAUCUAUUGGAAUCAGAAUGGUUACUAAUGAUAUGCCAGAUUUAAAAUAAAAUGAUAUUUAAGUUUAGGAUUAAGUGCAUUUUGAAAUUUCAAGAUUGACUGAAGCUAUAUUUGAAGGAAAAGAAGUUGUUAAUAAAAUACCAUUCUAAGUUAAUUUUGAUUUUUGGAAUUCUAUCAACUUAACUAAAGGUUGUUAUGUAGGUUAAGAAUUAACAGCAAGAACAUAUCACACUGGUGUUAUUAGGAAAAGACUACUACCUUUUAAAAUAGUCUCUAAUGAUAAUACUGAUAAUUUAGAAGAUUAAAUAAUUAUUAAUGGUGAAUAGGAAGUUGGAAAAGUUGUUAAGAGUUCAAAUAAUUUUGGGAUUGCUAAUGUUAAUUAUUUAGAUAUAGAUUUAGAAAAAGAAUAUUAAGUUGGCAAUAAAAUAAUUUCAUUUAUAUUAUAAGAGAAACUGAGAAGUAAUUUGAUUAAGUACAUUGAAUUAAUUUAAUCGAGAAAAUAAUGA